GUGGGCUGUGUUUCCAUGGCGACCCGAGACGGGGAGGGGCUUGGGGGGUUUCCAGGUGGGAGGGGCCUUCUGGGUCUCGGCAGACGAGGCUCCAGAACCCCCCAGAAAGGACCCCCUCCCUCCUUCUUUCUUCCAAGGAGACCCCGAGACGACGACGACGACGACAACGACACAGAGCCCCUCGCGUUACAGAUCGAGGGGGAACUCCGAAGAAUUGAGGACGAAGACGGUGGUCCCCAGCGAAGGAGGGCGGCGGAGAGGCCGAGAGCGGCGAGAGCGGAGGAGGCAUCGCCAGGGAUGCUGAGCCCGGCCAUGGCGGAGCGCCAGAGCCACGCCAACAGCCUCUUCCUGAACGAGGGCUCCUCCAAGCGGCUGGGCUCCGGGGGACGGGCCCAGCGCCUGCGACACGCCCUGGGCAAGCGGGCCGCCCACGCCCGGAAGCGCAUGCGCAUGGGGCUCUUCACGCGCGACGGCCUCCGGGCAUGCCUCCGCCGCAACGCCUUCGUCCUGCUCACCGUCUCGGCCGUCCUGAUGGGCGUGACGCUGGCGCUGGCCUUGCGCCCGUACCGGAUGAGCUACCGGCAGAUCAAGUACUUCUCCUUCCCCGGGGAGCUCCUCAUGCGGAUGCUGCAGAUGCUGGUCCUCCCGCUCAUCGUCUCCAGCCUCAUCACAGGGAUGUCCUCCUUGGAGGGCAGCGCCUCGGGCAAGAUGGGGAUGCGUGCCGUGAUCUACUACAUGACGACCACCAUCAUCGCCGUCUUCAUCGGGAUCUUCAUGGUCCUCGUCAUCCACCCGGGAAAGGGCAGCAAGGAGAAGCUCCACCCACAGGGACAGAUCGAGCCCGUCCACACCACCGACGCCUUCUUGGACCUCAUCCGGAACAUGUUCCCACCCAACCUUGUCGAAGCCUGCUUCAGACAGUACAAGACGCAGUACAGCCUCCGCCUGGUCAACCAGACGGCCGGGAAAGGCCUCCUGUCUGCUGCUCCUCCUCCUGCUGCUCCUCCUCGGCUGCUACAGAAUCUCAGCCUCGGAAGCGGGGCCUUCAACGCCUCCUCCUCCUCCUCUUCCUCGCCGGCGCUGCUGGAGGAGGCCACGGCCGUGUGGCGCAACGUGACGCAGGCGCUGUCCGGGUUGGCGGCGGGUCCGUCCGGCGAGGAGGAGGCGGAGGAGGAGGUGGUGCCGGUCCCGGGGUCGGUCAACGGGGUCAACGCCCUGGGCCUGGUGGUCUUCUCCAUCUGCUUUGGGCUGGUCAUCGGGAGCAUGAAGCAGAAGGGCCAGGCCCUGCGGGAGUUCUUCGACGGCCUCAACGAAGCCAUCCUGCGCAUGGUCUCCGUCAUCAUCUGGUACGCGCCCGUGGGGAUCCUGUUCCUGAUCGCCGGGAAGAUCCUGGAGAUGGAGAACCUGACGGUGAUGGGUGGCCAGCUGGGGAUGUACACGCUGACGGUCAUCGUGGGGCUGCUGAUCCACGGCCUCUGCGUCCUGCCCCUCAUCUUCUUCGUCGUCACCCACAAGAACCCCUGGCGCUUCAUGGCCGGGCUGCUCCAGGCCUUGGUCACCGCCAUGGGCACCUCCUCCAGCUCGGCCACCCUGCCGGUCACCUUCCGCUGCCUGGAGGAGAACAACGGGGUGGACAAGAGGGUCACCCGCUUCGUGCUGCCCGUCGGGGCCACCAUCAACAUGGACGGGACCGCCCUCUACGAGGCCCUGGCCGCCAUCUUCAUCGCACAAGUCAACAACUACGAGCUCGACUUCGGGCAGAUCAUCACCAUCAGCAUCACGGCCACGGCGGCCAGCAUCGGGGCGGCCGGCAUCCCCCAGGCGGGCCUGGUGACCAUGGUGAUCGUGCUGACCUCCGUGGGGCUGCCCACCGAAGACAUCACCCUCAUCAUGGCCGUGGACUGGUUCCUGGACCGCUUGAGGACCACCAUCAACGUCCUGGGGGACUCCCUGGGGGCGGGCAUCGUGGAGCACCUCUCCCGCCACGAGCUGGACCUGCACGACUCGGAGCUGGGCAACUCGGUCCUGGAGGAGAACCACGAGAAGCCCUACCACCUCAUCUACCAGGAGAGCGACACCCACAAGCCCCUCGGUGGUGGCGGAGAGACCUCCAUGUGACGGACCCCCAGAUCGCCCUCGGAUCUCUCCGUUGUUCUUCUUCCGCGAACGCUGAACCCCGAACCCUGGGACGAAAAAACUUAAACCUCGUGCCAAUUACUCUUCACAUUAUCACCAUCAUUAUAUCAAACAUCUAAGAAUUCUCACAAAAUUUCGCAUCUGAUGUACAUGGAUGACUUGAAGCUGUAUGGGAAAA